AUGAAGAACGGUCUCUAUGGUGUGAUUUCGGCCUAUCUGCAGUAUUCCGUGUCGACGACAGUGUCCAUGACUCAGCCAAAAUUCCUCAAUUUCCCAGCUGUGACCGUAUGCAACCUCUCGCCUUUCCCAUGCUCCAAGGUCGAACCAAAUUCAGACUUUGCAAAGAUACUAGGGUGCGAAAGCAGAGAUGAGAACGCCCAAAUUAAAAACCUGACGGAAUCCAGCGGAAAUCGAACGGCAUCUACUGGACAGAACACAUCCAAGCUAUACGUCAGUCUGACCGAAGAGAAAAAGAUAGACCUUAUGCAAGAUAAAGAUAAGUUCAUCCGCAGCUGCACCUACGAGGGCGUCGACUGUCAAAGCUUAUUUUUCCCGUACGCAAACACGACGUAUGGGAGUUGCUACGUCUUCAACCUGAAGUUAAACAAGGACAAUGAUACAGACGCCGGAUCCAGGAAAACAGUUUUCCCUGGUCCGGAUAAUGGUCCG